GGAAUUCACCUCCAAAUAACGGAAAAAUUAAUAAAUAAAAAACAUGGUUAUGUUCCAUUUUGCACCGUUCCCUACGCCGCUAACUCAUCGACGCUAGUUUGACGCAUAUUAUUUAGAUAUAUAACAAAAUUCUUAUAUAUUCUAAUGUUCCUUACCGCUCGUUCUACAGUUACCGCUAUGUAUAGACGUUACCUUGAUACUGAGUCAGUAUUUGCAUAAGUUCAGAGAGUGUUUUGCUGGCUUGAUGUGAAUUUAUAAAAUAAAAAGUUUAAUACAACUUUUUACCUGCACCAUGUCAGGGUUGAGCAGAGCUUUACAGCUUACAGAUAUAGAUGAUUUUAUUACGCCCUCACAGAUGUGCAUUAAACCCGUGAAAAUAGAUAAGGCAAAGUCAAAGACUGGGGCAAAGAUCAUGAUUAAAGAUGAUAGCUGCUUUGAGGAAUCAGAGAGUGGAAAAAAAAAACUUAAUAAAGUUGAAAUUACUCUGCAAGACUGUCUUGCAUGCUCUGGUUGCAUCACAUCAGCCGAAGGAGUCCUGAUCACGCAGCAGAGCCAAGAAGAGUUGCUUAGGGUCCUUCAAGAGAAUUUAACGAAAAAAGCCACUGAAGACUGGGGUAAUGUGCGUACGAUCGUGUUCACCAUUGCCACCCAGCCUCUACUAAGCUUAGCCCAUCGCUAUCAAAUAGGUGUGGAGGAUUCUGCCCGUCAUCUUGCUGGCUAUUUUCGCAGUUUGGGUGCCGACUAUGUUUUGUCUACUAAAGUGGCGGACGAUAUCGCGUUGCUCGAAUGUCGUCAAGAAUUUGUAGAAAGAUACCGCGAAAAUGAGAACUUGACCAUGCUUAGCUCCUCUUGCCCGGGAUGGGUUUGUUACGCAGAGAAAACACACGGAAACUUCAUAUUGCCUUACAUUUCGACGACCCGAUCGCCACAGCAAAUAAUGGGAGUGCUAGUGAAGCAUGUCUUUGCCGAAAAGCUGAAUGUUCCUGCGUCGCAAAUCUACCAUGUGACCGUGAUGCCUUGCUACGACAAGAAGCUUGAGGCUUCUCGAGAAGAUUUUUUCAGCACGGCGAAUAACUCACGUGACGUAGACUGUGUAAUUACUUCAGUUGAAGUGGAACAGUUGCUAAGUGAGUCCCAGCGGACGCUGGCGCAGUACGAUCCCGUUGAUUUGGACUGGCCAUGGUCUAAUGUCCCUCCAGACUUCAUGGUAUGGGCCCACGAGAAGACGCUGUCUGGCGGUUACGCAGAACACAUAUUUAAGUUCGCCGCAAAAGAGCUUUUUAACGAAGUCCCAAGAAGUGAAUUGGAAUUCAAACAGCUCAAAAAUCGCGACUUUAGAGAAAUUAUACUUAAAAAAAAUGGCAAUACUGUCCUAAAAUUUGCUAUUGCCAACGGUUUCCGGAACAUACAAAACCUGGUACACAAACUGAAGCGUGGAAAGGUAUCAAACUACCACUUCGUUGAAGUAAUGGCAUGUCCCUCAGGUUGCAUAAACGGUGGAGCACAAAUACGGCCCACUACAGGACAACACGUUCGUGAGCUUACUCGGAAACUGGAGGAAUUAUACCACAACCUUCCACAGUCGGAUCCCGAAAACUCCUUAACAAAACUUAUUUACACCGACUUUUUAGACGGCUUUCAAACUGAAAAAUCAUAUGAGCUGCUGCACACCCGUUAUCAUGAUGUAGUAUCUGAGCUCAGUAAAUCGCUUAAUAUUAAUUGGUGAACGUAUUGUGCGUAUUGUGCUGUUCAGGAUAUUGCCAGGAGCAAAAACUGUUUCGCUCACGCUUUUAAAUUAUCUUUUAAUAUUUAAAAUAAACAAAAUCAAAUAAAAAUUCAUUUUAACGAGGUGAUAUAGUGACAAUGUCCCCUUCAACUUUAAAAAUGUAUGAUAUCUUAUAAUUUCUUAUACAUUUAAGAAACUAUUUUCGGGUAAGGUAACAUUUUUACUCUCUAAAUAAAGAUUUGUUAAGCUUAA